AUGACCGCCUGCUUCUUGCAGCCCAACCCAGGAGAGCGUCUCAUGCAAACGUCUUCCAAAUCAGCGUCGACUUUGACUCCCAAAUGUGUCGUUUCCAUAAGAGCCGGAGGAGGAAGCGUCUGCAGGAGAGUCCGUCGGCCGCUGGCGAGCAGAACCAUGACCAGAACAUCCUACUUCGUCUUCCUGGUGCUGGCAGCCCAGAUUCCAGCGUCUCAAAUGCUCACCAGCAGCGGCAAGAAUUUCACCGUGGUUUUUCCAGAAAACAUCGCCUACUAUCACCCUGUUGAUUCUGACAACAGGAUCUGGGUCACUGCGUUACAUAACGGCACAGACGUCACAUUGAGGCAGCCCUCUGGCAUGACGACGUCGAUAAGUCUGAAUGCUGGAAAGACGCAUGAAUUUAAUGUGAACCAGGAACUAGGGAAGCUAGACCUUCCUGUGGCUCCGGCUUCUGACACUUUUAAAGUUUUCAGCAUUUCUAACCAAACCUGUAACGUUACCAGCGACAAAGACAUCAUCGUCCAAGCGUUCAGCAGCAGAAGAAGGAGCGUGCAGUCCGCCCUGGUCAUAGCUGCGGAGAAGCUGCAGCAGAAGUACUUCAUCCCGCCGGCGCCAGAGGCUGCAGGAAGCGUGGAUGACGGGCUUCUGGUAAACGUCACGGAGAGAGGCCCCUUCAGAGUCAUCGUGGUCAACCCGGGUCCAGAAACGGCACAGGUGACCGUUGAAGGUGAAGGUGUUAGAGGCACCUUAGAAGCUGAGAUGGCUGCUCAGAUCUGGGUGAGUAACGGCGAGCAGCCUCUGUUCGUCCAGUCAGAUAAGCCGGUGGCGGUCUACUUCAGCCACCCCUGUGCCGCUCAGCACAACUGCACCUGCAGCCUCCUGCACGCCAUGGUGCCUCCUGCCCAGGACCAGACCAUGGACUUCCCCAUUCCUCCGGUUCUGGCCAAGCAGGCAUCCAUACUCCUGUCUGAUCAGGACUCCAGAAAAACCGAGACUGAUAAAUCUGUGGUUAGUUCUGCCGGCACGGCCAUCCUCUACCGGCCCGACACGGGCCUGCUCCUCACGCUGAUCCCAGAGGAAGAGUUCGCCAGCUGCUUCGUGGUCCCCUUCAUCUCUGGUAAGGACAACUACAUCAGCAUCGUGGUCGACAAGGACCACAAAGACGGGAUCCACAUCGGAAAGGAACCUCUGGCAGACGCAGACUGGAAGGAGGUGCCUGGAACCUCGUAUACAUCGACAUACGUCACAGCAUCAUCUCCCAAAACCGUCGUCUGGCACUCUUCCUUCAAAAUGGCCGUUUACUUCGUGGCCGCAUGGAACGGGUCGUGGUUUGGGAACCCUGCAGCCGCUGUAGGUGCAACUCCAGAUUUCCGCGGCUGUGCAGUGAUUUCAGAGGAGAUGAAGGUCCUGGAUGCAGCACAGCGCUGGCAGAACUCUAUUGGUUCCUGUAAAACAAACGGUUCGGAUCUCAUCAGCCUCUCUGGUGCCCAGUUACAUAAGCAGGUCUGCAGGAGGCUGCAGGAAGACCAUGGAGACGUGCAGCAGGUGUGGAUCGGCUCACGUCGCAGCUCCUAUUCUGGAGACUGGUACUGGUUUGACUACAGUCCCUUCAGCUACGCCAAAUGGGGUCCCGGGGAGCCUGGGGGGCUGGAUGAGGGCCAGUGUGUCGCCAUGAGUGUGAAAGACAACAGCGACUGUGUCUGGAAGGACGAGAACUGCUGCAAGAACCUGCGUCCUGUCUGCUACAAAGAGCCAACAAUCCUGCACGGGUGAAAGAGCUACCAGCAGGCGGAGGGAGAAGUUUCUGCUGCAGCUUCCUGCCGAGCAGAACCCCGUGUGCCGUAGUUAGAGAAUAGAUGAGAAUAGAUGAGAAUAGAUGAGAAUAGAUGAGAAUAGAAACUUUACUGCCUCACAGCAGGGACAUUAGUUUCAUUAACCAGGCUCCCCCUGAUCAGAAAACCUACAUUACCUGUAACUCUGACCCACAAACAGCUUCAUCUCUACCUGCAGAACCGACAGAACCUGCAGAACCUGCAGAUCCAGAAAGACGGGUCCCAACACCAAGCAGAAGGUUCUUCAUCCUGACCCAGAAGUUCUCGCUGCAUUUGGGUUCUCAUCUAUCUUUAAAGCUUUAACCCUUCCAGCUCAUCGGUCAGGAUUAAGAACCAAGCUUUUACAAACCUAAAUGUUCCCCUGAGUCUCCAGGAGAACACGUCCAGUCAGCUCCUGUCUGGUGUUCCUCCGUCUGUUUGCAGUCACAGUUACAGGAUUUAUCUCACCAGACCUUUUAUCUACGGUUUGAUCUGAAUAACUUUAGGCUCUCACUUUAUAAACUAAUGAAAUUUAGUUAAAUUAAAAUUAAAUUUGGCCCAAAUGAAAACACGUACGUUUAAGAAUAUUGUUUUAGCGAAACUUUGUGGAACAAGUAAAAGCACAUUUAGUUUCUGUUUUAUUUAGUUUUCUUGAGUUACUUUUGAUAUAUUAUCCUAUUUAAAUAAAUUAAGCUAUACAGCCAUAAUGAUAAAACAAAUAUAUAUAUAUAUAUAUCUCCUAGCAGCAAGUGCAAUCUGUAGAUGUAAUUAUUGAAUAAUUAGAUAUUUAAUGAACAGCAAACAAUUGAAUCUCUGAAGACGUGAUUAUUUUAGCGUCUGUUUUAGAUCAGUAACCUCUCAGGACCUUUUGAUUUAAUUUAUUUAGUUGGUUUUAAGGUUAUAAUGAUGCUUUGUGGUUGGAUUUUAUUCAUUCAGACAGAUUUAGGACUGAAACUAACCAAUAAAAAUGUAAUGUUUUGUGUGCUUUUGCUGUAAAAUUAUCCUAAUACUUUAUUAUUGUAACUACAAUU